AUGGAUAUUCAUCCCAUACCUCUGAAGCUGACUACCAAACGUAAUAACCUUCAAACCUUUAUGGUGGUUGCCAGAAAAGAUCAGAUGGCUACUGCAAUAUUGCAUCAGAUUACAACAUCAUCAUCACUCAACACUACUUAUGGAAAUCAGGAGAUAAUGAAAUGUGACCUUUGCAUUUUCUUUUUUCGAGCUUGUAGACUCCAGCUUGAAGCUCUUGAAAAUGAGAAUCGAAUUCGUAAAGAAUACUCCUCCACUAGUACUGGUUCUGGUAUUGCUAAUCUCUUCCUGAAGAUCUGCAAAGUUGGAACUAGAUCUACAUUUGCUAAAAGAGAACAAUAA